AUGUCUAAUUUUACUUGCUUGGUGGUUAUUUUAGCUGCAAUGUUGGCUAUUUGCUAUGGUCGGCCAAGUUUUCUGGAUAACGAUCAAGAUUUUAAUUUACUAAAAAAAAUUAGUCAAGAAAGAACUAUUCUGUCACUUCGUAAUCGUCAACGGAAGAUAUUGCUGGCAUUUAAUGCUUUAAAAAGCUUAUAUCCGAAGAAAGCUAUGCAUCUUUUUAGUAAAUAUAGAAAACAUAGAGCUCUUAGCCGAUCUGAACGUCGCCAUAAUACAGAAAUUAGUAGGUUGAAUGAUCGUCAAAACGAUUAUGGACAACAUGACGGUCGUGCAGAGGAACUUCGUUAUGAAGAUCUCAGAAGAUUAAGUGAUCUUAAAAGACGCUGGGUUAAAUUCUAUCGUCGAAAUCACUAA